GCCGCGAAGGUGGCUUCGAAGCGAGCCCGGCCAUCGGGCACAAAGCUCGCGAGAUGUGAACGCGUCGCCGCAACUUCCUCCGGUCAGUUUAGAGACCGGAAGUGCGGUGUGCGCGGCGUGUGUGUUGCCUGUUGUACGGCGUGCGGCGUCGAUGUGCUGAGGUUCCUGCCCGGGCUCCUCUGGGCUCCUGGACCGAGGUGAUGGGGGACUCCAGGGAGGCCGGAGCCGAGGCUCCGCCGGCCGGGGCCUCUGCUCAGGGAGGGCUCAGCCUCCUGUCCCAAGGAGAGUCCGAGGAACCUUCUGCACAGGAAUCAGAUUUAUUUCUUGGAGGCAGUGAAGUGAAGAGCCGUGCUGUGGUGAAGUAUUCUUCUGCCCCUCCUCGAACCGCAUUUGCACGCCUUGAAGAGAAAACGGACUUGAAACUCCCACCUGCCAACUGGUUACGAGAGAGUGCCAAACUAGGGCCAGCAGGAACUACCAUUCUUGGCAAUAGUAAGAAAAGCAAGCCAUUUUCAAGCUUUGGCAUGGCAUACGACUUUAUCGAUUCAGUGGGAAACGAUGUGGAUGUUGUCUCCGACUCUGAGAACAUAAAAAAACUCCUGAAGAUUCCCUACAGCAAGUCCCACGUAAGCAUGGCGGUGCACCGCAUAGGAAGGACUCUCUUACUGGACGAGUUAGACAUUCAGGAACUCUUUAUGAGAUCAUCUCAGACUGGUGAUUGGACAUGGCUGAAAGAGUUUUAUCAAAGACUUAUUGAUCAGAAGUGGCAGAGGAAGAAAAAGAGCAAAGAGCACUGGUAUCAGAAGGCUAUUCUUUCCAAGUUUCUAUAUUACAGUAUCAAUGGUGAUGGAGCCGCUCAGCCCGUCCCAUCUGCAGAAGAGCAGGAGUCAUCCAGUUCAGGUCAGGCACGUGACCCGAGCGGGGCUUCGUGGCCCGCCCCCUUUGAAAUGCCUUCCUCAGUUUCUGAAGAUCCCAGUGCAUCCAGUCAGGGAAAUGAGCCUCUUGAACCCUCAUACAUAGUAGGGCAUGUGGCCUCAGCACCCAAAGAACAAAACCUGACUACUUUAUUCAAUGACGGGGAGAACAGUCAGGGUCUUAAAAAUGACUUUGUUCGGAAUAUUUUAUGGACAUUUGAAGAUAUACAUAUGUUAGUUGGCUCCAACAUGCCCAUAUUCGGAGGAGGCAGAUAUCCAGCAGUCAGCCUGCGUCUCAGGGAUAACAACAAACCAAUUAAUGUGCUAACCGGAAUUGACUAUUGGUUGGACAACUUGAUAUGCAAUGUACCAGAGCUUGUGAUGUGUUUUCAUGUAAAUGGAAUCGUACAGAAGUAUGAAAUGAUAAAGACAGAGGAGAUUCCCAAUUUGGAAAAUUCUAAUUUUUCUACUAAAGUCAUAAAAGACAUUGCACAGAAUAUUUUAUCAUUUCUGAAAUCAAAUUGUACGAAAGAAGGACAUACCUAUUGGCUAUUUAAAGCAAGUGGCAGUGAUAUAGUGAAGCUCUAUGAUCUCACUACUCUUUGUGAAGAAACUGAAGACAAAUACCAAAAUCCAUUCACAAUGCCAGUGGCCAUUCUCUUGUAUAAGGUUGCUUGCAACAUGAUGAUGAAGAAGAAUCAAAAUAAGAAACACUAUGGAACUAUUAGAACAUUGCUGCUUAAUUGUGUUAAAUUGUUGGACAAAAGCAGGCAUCCUCAAAUUAUUGCUUCAGCCAAUUACAUGCUGUCAGAACUUUUUCAAUUGGAUGAGCCUAAAAAAGAAGAAAGUUCAGAGUCUCCUUUAAAUGAGAAUUCUGAUGAAAGUUACAGUGAAGAGGAAGAGGAAAUGCCAGACAGUGAUGAAAAUGGGUCCUAUAGCACCAGCUCUGAUCCAUCAGACGAUAACAAAGCAGUCGCUAUCAUUAAGUCUGUUGGAGAAUUGUCAGUUCCAGAAAAAUACAAAUCCAUUCAUCAAAUCAGACCCAGUUGUGCAUUCCCAGUUUGCCAUGGCACAGAAGAGCGCUGUAGACUUGUGCUUAGCUAUGUCCUGGAGGGUUUAAAAUCUGUGGACAGCAGCCUUAAAAAAGAAAGCGACCUUCCUGCUGCUGACCCCAGUACCCCAAUCCCAUUAAAAUAUGAAGAUGAAUCCACAGGUGGGAGUCCUGAGGGUCUGGAGAAGCAGAUGGCCUUAUUUUUGGACAAAAUGGGCUCCCUGCAGAAGAGUAAUUAUUCCAGUCAAUCUGGAAUGAUCCCUGGUACUUGGCAACAUAAAAUGAAACUCCAGCUGAUUCUCAAGUCAUCAAAGGCCUAUUACGUUUUGUCUGAUGCUGCCAUGAGUCUUCAGAAAUAUGGAAGAGCGUUACGAUACAUUAAGUUAGCUUUGCAGAGCCACGAUACUUACUGCUGCCUCUGCACCAAUACGUUUUCUGAAGUGCUGCUGUUUCUUUCUCAGUAUUUGACCCUCUGCGGCGAUAUCCAACUAAUGCUGGCCCAGAAUGCAAAUAACAGGGCAGCGCACCUGGAAGAGUUUAAUUAUCAAACAAAAGAAGAUCAGGAGAUACUACACAGCCUGCACAGGGAGUCCAGCUGCCAAGGAUUUGCAUGGGCAACUGAUUUGUCUACAGACUUAGAGAGUCAACUUUCAGUUAGUUGUAAAUGUUACGAGGCUGCUAAUGAAAUCUUGCAAUUUAGUGACUUAAAAAACCAAAACCCAGAACACUAUGUACAAGUAUUGAAGAGAAUGGGUAACAUUAGAAAUGAAAUCGGUGUGUUCUAUAUGAAUCAGGCUGCUGCAUUACAGAGUGAGAGAGUAGUGAGCACAAGUGUGUCUUCUGCAGAACAACAGUUGUGGAAAAAAAGCUUUUCCUGUUUUGAAAGAGGAAUUCACAACUUUGAGUCAAUUGAUGACGCUACAAAUGCUGCCCUUUUAUUAUGUAACACUGGGAGACUCAUGCGGAUCUGUGCCCAGGCACACUGUGGUGCAGGUGACGAAUUUAAACGUGAAUUUUCACCAGAAGAAGGCUUGUAUUACAAUAAGGCCGUUGAUUACUAUUUGAAAGCCCUGAGGUCACUGGGAGCACGAGACAUACACCCAGCUGUUUGGGACUCAGUGAACUGGGAAUUGUCCACCACUUACUUUACUAUGGCGACUCUGCAGCAAGAUUAUGCUCCGUUAUCUAGAAAAGCUCAGGAGCAGAUUGAAAAAGAAGUCAGUGAGGCUAUGAUGAAGUCCUUGAAAUACUGUGACGUAGAUUCGGCGUCUGCUCGGCAGCCUCUCUGUCAGUAUCGAGCUGCAACCAUCCAUCACAGGCUGGCAUCCAUGUACCACAGUUGUCUGAGGAAUCAGGUUGGUGAUGAACAUCUUAGGAAACAGCACCGGGUGCUGGCAGAUCUUCAUUACAGCAAAGCUGUGAAGCUUUUUCAGCUUCUGAAAGACGCUCCGUGUGAAUUACUCAGAGUACAGUUAGAAAGAGUAGCAUUUGCAGAAUUUCAGAUGACCAGUCAGAAUAGUAAUAUUGGAAAAUUAAAAACACUGUCUGGGGCUCUUGAUGUAAUGGUGAGAACUAAGCAUGCAUUCCAGCUCAUGAGGAAGGAGCUUGCAGAGGAAUUUGACCAGCCUAAGAGUGAUGGAACCUCUCCAGCUGUGGAUUCUUCUCCUAGCCUUAAUCGAGAGGAAGUGAUCAAACUCCUCAGUAUAUUUGAAUCUCGGUUUUCAUUCCUUCUCCUUCAGUCCAUCAAGUUGCUCUCUUCAACUAAAAGGAAAGCAAGCAGUAACAUUGAAGAAGAUACAGUCCUCAAAACCAACAAGCACAUUUACUCCCAGCUCUUGAGAGCCACGGCUAACAAAAACACAGCCCUUUUGGAAAGAAUCGACCUCCUCGUCCACCUGCUGGAUCAGCUUGCUCGCGGCGGGGGCGGCCCUGGGUGGAGGUAUGGACGUUGCAAACAUCAAACCACUGCUCAGAGAUAGACUGCUUUGGGAACAAGCCAUCUGAAGGAAGCCAGGGACGCUGCUGUUUGUCCUUGUCGUUAACUACCUUCCAGUACGUGCUGCCUUUGAAGA